AUGGGCGUCCUAGGGGAAAAUUUAAGGGAUCGAGGGGUCUUCGUCAAGGGGAUUCCUUGUCCCAUUUCUUGUGUUACUUUGGUGGUGGAUGUAUUGGGCAGAAUGGUUGAUAAGGCUAAAAGUAGUUCAACAUUUAGAGGAUUUACAGUGGGCGGAGACAGAGUUGACGUCAGCCAUCUUCAAUUUGCAGACGAUACGAUCUUUUUUGUUAACGAUGAGGAGUCCCUGGUUGUUGGAAUAAAUGUGCCUGAGGAGUUAGUUGAUCGUCGGGCUAGUGAGAUAGGUUGUGAAGUGGGCCAGUGGCCGAUUCAUUAUUUGAGUCUACCUUUGGGAGCUUCCCCUCGAUCCAGAGUAUUUUGGGAGCCUAUAGUUUUGAAGUGUGCUAAACGAUUGGAUGGUUGGAAGAGUGGUUUUUUGUCUCGAGGUGGUCGGUUGACUCUUAUUCAGUCAGUUCUGUCUUCUAUUCCGGUUUACUACCUCUCCCUUUUCUGGAUCCCUAAGAAUGUAGCAGGGUUUAUUGAGAAGUUGAUGCGAGAUUUUCUGUGGGAGGGAGCGGAUCAGUCAAGGGCAGAUCAUUUGGUCUCUUGGCAAGAAGUCUGUAAAUCUUGA